ACUCGCGUUUGCAUUCGUAAACAACAGAGGGUCUUAUAAUUUUUGAAGAAAAUUCGUGAUUUGUACACGAAAAAACAAUAUUUAAUGAGCAAAGACGCAAGACGACAAACAGGAGAAUUCCGUGACAAUAAUUUACCGAUAAUGACGUGUUAGAUUUUUGAAUUUUUAUUAAGUAGACCAAUUGUUACGUACCGUACCACGUAACAUCAUUAUCGAAUAUAUAUCUAUUUUUUGUGUGUUCUUUGAGUGUGAAAUUAAAUAUUAAUUGUUAAGUGAAUUAAGAUGCAAAGUAAGCAAGAAAUUACAACAGCAUCGAAGACUGCUGCAGUGACAACAACAGUACAAGAUGCUAAGUCCUUAGAACGGAAGAAGAAUGUUGACUUUAUUGUUAAGAAUUUGAUUGCUGGAGGUAUUGCUGGCAUGUGCUCAAAAACGACAGUUGCUCCUCUCGAUCGAAUCAAAAUUUUGUUACAAGCACAUUCAGAGCAUUACAAACAUUUGGGUGUCUUUAGCGGAUUGCGACACAUUAUCCGUAAAGAAUCAUUUAUUGCAUUGUACAAAGGAAAUGGCGCUCAAAUGGUUCGAAUAUUUCCAUAUGCCGCCACGCAAUUUACCGCAUUUGAAGUGUACAAAAAGUACUUGGGUAAAUACAUCGCCGCACAAAACAUUCAAAUCAUCCAACAUGCCGACAAAUUUGUUGCAGGCGCGGGCGCCGGAUUAACUGCUGUUACCUUAACAUAUCCAUUAGAUACAAUUAGAGCCAGAUUAGCAUUUCAGGUUACGGGUGAACACAAAUACAAAGGAAUUGUUCACACAGCUGUUUGCAUUUUCAAAGAGGAAGGAGGAAUAAAAGCAUUAUAUCGCGGAUUUACACCUACACUCAUGGGUAUGGUACCUUAUGCCGGUUUUUCCUUUUAUUGCUUUGAAAUGCUCAAGUACUUCUGCAUGAAAUACGCGCCAACGUUCACAUGUAAAAAAUGCGAUCGAAAUACAGGAGGCCUUGUUCUUUUAGUUCCCGCGAAAUUACUUUGUGGCGGAUUCGCAGGCGCUGUUGCACAAUCUUUUUCAUAUCCGUUAGAUGUGACAAGACGACGAAUGCAGCUGGCAAUGAUGAAUCCCGAAACAGCGAAAUUCGGCAUGGGAAUGUUCCAAACACUCAAAUUAAUCUACAAAGAAAACGGAGUUGUGAAAGGCCUGUAUCGCGGAAUGUCAAUUAAUUACUUAAGGGCAAUACCAAUGGUUGCUGUCUCUUUCUCUACGUAUGAAAUUCUGAAACAAGCAUUAAAAUUAGAUACUGGAAUGAAAAUUUCAUAGACUGAUGCUCUCGCACAACAAAAUACAGCGACAAACACACAAAAAAAUAUAAAUAAAUUUUUCAUUACAGAAAUAAUAGUAAAAUAUUUUGUAGAAAAAAAAGACAUUACACCGACGUGGAAAAAUAUAAUAAAAAAUUUUUUUUUUCAGUAUUUGACAAAAUAAAAGAACAAAAAAUCUCAAAUAGCAACAAAUGAACAAAGAAGUUUCCAGUUAUUUUUGAAAUAUAUUUUGUUGUAAUAAAUAUAUAGGCAUUAUUUAAGUUACGAAACCCGUACAUUUAAGUGUAAGAGU